AUGCGUCCAGUGCUGGAGGGAAGGGGGAUUGUUGCCGACGCUCAGAAUCAGGUUGACGAUGUGAAGACUGCUUUUUCUAGCUGGGACAACUGCAUGCAGGCCGCCUAUUGCAAGUGGCCGGUCAUUGCCAUAAUUGUUAUUGGCGGCCUGAUCAUAUUCUCUAUAGUCUGGUGCAUUGCGCGGUGUCUGUGCUGCGGCCUCUCGUGCUGCUGCGAAUGCUGCUACUGCCUCAAGUGCUGCGGUGAGUGCUGCGGCUGCUGCUCGCCGCCGAGAGGCCGGCGCCACAAGUACCUCGACGAGCCGUACAUCCCGCCGAACCAGGGCUACCGCUCGGAAGCGCCCAUGACCGCGGGCGCGCUGCCGGCGAAGCCCUCGCCGUUCCCCAGCGCCGCUGCCGCCUCGGCGCCGCAGUACGCCGAGUUCGAGACGAGCAAGAAGGGUGGGGCGCACGAGGACGCCCUGCCGGAGAUGCCUAGCUGGGAGGGUGCGGGAAGCAAGAAGGUGCUUGUGGAGGACGAGCCCGUUGAGCUGGAGCAGCUGAAGAAGCCCGCCACGACCGAGCUCAACACCCAGGGUGCGCAGAACGUCCCCCUCAUGGCUGGUGGCCAUGUUCCGGGGCCUGCUAGUCCCAUCUCGCCGGACUCCAGGAGCCCGUAUGGUGUCCCGGGCAGCCAGUCUGCCUCGAGUGGAUAUCUCGGUGCGGGCGCUCCUCCUGCUGCUGCCGGUGCCCAUGAUCACAAUGAUCCGUAUGGCUUGGGCGACCAGCCGUACAGCCAGAACGCAGGUGGAUACGGACAGCAGUCGCAGACGUCUUUCGGGAAUGAUCAAGCCUAUGGUAUGGCUGGUGCUGCUGGUGUGGCCGGAGCCGGCAUGGCUGGUGCAGCGAUGGGACCGGGCAGACGGUCUCCCAGAGUCAACAACGGUGGCUAUGGCCAACAGCCCAUGGGCCAAGGGCCAAUGGACCGAGGAUAUCAAAACCCCCAGGACUACAACAACGCUUACGGGAGGAGCCAGUCUCGCGGCCCUGCGGACCAAGGUUACGGCAUGGGUCCUGGACGCCGGUCACCGCCUCGCGGCCCUAAUGGCUCUAACGGUCCCAAUGGCCCUGUCCGUCCAAAUAUGAUGGGCGGAGCGGCCUACCCAGACCGCGAACGCCGCUCUCCCGCUCCACAGGGAGAUCGCGGGUACGGCAACAACUACAACAACCGGCCGUAUCCUCCCAACCCCCAGAGACAGUACUCAUCCGAUUCCACACGCCCUCUGGCACGCCCUCCCCCACAACGUCAGUUCACAGACGAGUACCCACCACCCUCUCCUACAAGCCUACAGAACAACUCGGGCUUCGACUUCAACUCCGGGUUCAGCAGGCCACCGCCAUACUCUAACAACAGCUCUUACGAGAGACGUCCUAGUGAGAGCAGCCGCCAGGGCAACCAGGGCAUCCCGACGUCCUCCAGCGGCGGUGGACAGGCGUAUCCCGGAUACAAGCCGUACCAGCCGGCCCAGGAUAAUACUAGGCAACAAGACGGAUGGAGCGGUCUGUAA